AUGCCUACUCGCAGAACCAGAAGCAACAAGCUGGAAGAGCUACUCAAUCUCACCAAUCAAGAGCUAGCACACUUAGAGCGUACAAACAGAAAAGCCAAGAAGCCAGUCGAGAUGGUCAAUCACAUAGUCUUGAUUCGCGGUGAAGAUGGGCUUCUGUUUGAUCCAGAAGGGAACCGGUACAAUGAGCAAGGGCAGAAACUUGAUGCUGCUGGGAAUGUGAUCCCAGAACCAGCUGUAGAUCCAGCUGCUCCUAACCCACCCCCCCUCAACCAAGCUGCUCCUAUUCAGCCUGCAGCUUUUCAGCCGGCACUACCCAAUGAAGGAGCAGGAGAGCAGCGCACACUAGGCGACCACAACAGGCCUGAUUUUUUCUAUGCGAAUCGCUCUGCAAUCCGACCUCCUCCGUUCCAGAGGAAUAACUUUGAGCUGAAACCUUCUUACUACACUCUUGUGGGUCUGCAACCCUUUCAUCCCACUGAGAAACCAAUGGAUCACAUUGAGAACUUCGAAGACCUGGCCAGCAGCAUCAAAGCCGAUGGCGUGAGCAUGGACUACCUUCUCUGCAAGCUUUUCCCUUACUCUCUUGCUGGGGAUGCAGCUUACUGGCUAAAGCAGUUGCAACCAGGAUCUUUGACAAACUGGGAGGAUACUAAGAAAGCCUUUCUGAACAAUUUCUAUGAUGAUGCAAUGUCUGAGGAGGCAAGGAACAACAUCUCUACAUUUCGUCAAGGACCUACUGAAGCGUUCAAGGCGGCUUGGGUUCGAUUCAGGUCAUAUCAGAGAGACUGUCCACACCAUGGUUUUAGUGAGAUUCAGCUGCUGGGCACCUUCUUUAGAGGCAUUGAUUGGCAGUAUCAGAUGGCUCUCGAUGCUGCGAGCAAUGGGAAUUUCAACACCAGGUAUCCACAUCAGGCUUACCAACUUAUUGAGAACUUGGCAUCUAGCAAUAGUACCAAGAAUGCUGAUUUAGAGAGGAAGAAGCUAGUUCAGUUUGCUAAUGAAGUGGAGACAUUUGAGCCACCAGAAGAAGAUAGAGAGGAAGAAGAUGUCAACUUUGUUAGUGGAAUUGGUUUUCAAGGUCAGAGGUUUGGUAAUCAGCAAGGUAACAGGGGCUACAAUGGAGGUGGACAGAGAAGUUCUUAUGCAGGAAAUCAGAACUCUUCAGGAUACACAAAGAGUCAAUAUCAGAAGCCUGACUACCUGAAGUCUGAUUAUCAAAAGCCUUCUUCAAGCAAUAGCUACACAAGGACCUACGGUUCUUCUUCUUAUCAAUCUCCUCCUGCGCAAGCACCAGACAGCGAGGUGAAGUCUAUGCUUGAACAGCUCCUUGAGGGUCAGCAGAAGAUGACAAUGAACUUUUAUGGGAAGAUGGAUGCCAUGUACCAAGACUUGCAUGGAAAAAUUGAUGCUUUGAACAUCCAUGUCAAGAAGUUGGAUACUCAAGUGGCUCAAACUGCUGAUUCUGUCAAGAGGCAAGAAGGAUACCUCCCUGGAAGAACUGAUGCUAAUCCUAAGCAUAACUGUAGUGCUAUCAGUCUGAGAAGUGGAAAAGUGCUGCAACCUGUGCUGAAAAAGGGUCCAAAUCUUGAGCAAAUCGUGGAAUUGCAGGAAAUUGAAGAUGAAGAUUUCGCUGCUACAGAUCUUGCGUCGGGCGACGCUGAGGAGUUGCGUCGGUCGACGCAGAAUUUGCAAGUGUCGACCGAUACAGAGGAGCUGUGUCGGGCGACACAGGAGGAUGCGUCGACGUUCGACGGGCGCUUGUCGACCGAGGGGGUCGACACAAACACUGAAGGGUCGACACCCAGAACAUGCGUCGACCGACACACCACUUGCGUCGGUCGAUGCAAGUCCCAGACGGCGACAAAACGUUCUGAAAAUGCUGAGAAGGUGCAGGAAAGUGUGUAUAAGCCUAAGGUACCCUUUCCUAAGCCUCCUAAGAAGUCUAAACAGGAGCUGGAGGAUGCUAAGUGCAAGGCUAUCAUGGAUAAGCUUGUGAUUGAGAUUCCUUUGAUUGAUGCUAUUAGAAUGACUCCUGUGAUAAGAAGAUAUGUGAAGAGGAUGGUCACCAAGAAUUUGAGUCUUGAGCAAGGAGUAAUGAUGAUCUCUGAACAAGUCAGUGAUGUGAUUCAGAACAGGAUUCCAGAGAAGCUUUCAGACCCUGGGAGUUUUGUGUUGGAUUGUACUAUCUUUUCUGACAGGUUCAAGAGAUGUUUGUGUGAUCUUGGUUCCAGUGUGAAUUUGAUGCCUCAUUCAGUUGCUCUCAGCUUGGGGAUGACUGAUUUUAAACCAACUCAUAUAUCUCUUAUCCUAGCUGAUCGGUCUGUGAGGAUUCCAGAAGGUAUUAUAGAGGAUGUUCCAAUCAAGGUAGGAGACUGCAUGAUUCCCACAGAUUUUGUUGUUUUGGAGUAUGGAGAGGAACCCAAAGACCCUCUCAUCCUUGGAAGACCAUUUUUAGCUACUGCUGGUGCCAUCAUUGAUGUGAGGAAAGGGAGCAUUGCUCUUAAUGUGGGUGAUUUGGUCAUGACCUUUGACAUGGAUAGGUUGAUGACAAGACCCUUGAUUGAUGGCCAGACAUUCUAUGUUGAUGUUCUCACUGAUUUUGCUGAAGAAGUCUUCAAGGAGAUGCACCCUGCAGACCCUUUAGAGAGAGCAUUGACUACCUCUACCAAAGAAGCAGAGUACUUGGACGACACAGCUGCUGGAUAUGUCAAGAUGCUGGACACUUGUGCUCAUGUGAUGGGAUUGGUUGCUCAAGAGGAGUUGGUUGUGACUGCUACACAAGCGAAGCUUGGCGAUUGGAGCGAGGAGAAAGCUCCCAAAAUUGAACUCAAGCAACUUCCUGCAGGAUUAAGGUAUGCAUUUCUUGGACCUAAUUCAACUUAUCCUGUUAUUGUUAAUGCUUCUUUAAACAACGCAGAGCUCACGUUACUGCUAAGCAAGCUGCGCACCUUUCGCAAAGCUCUUGGCUAUUCUCUUGAUGAUAUUGCAGGUAUUUCUCCAGAUUUGUGCAUGCAUAGGAUUCACCUUGAGGAGGAUACCAAAGCAACCAUUGAGCAUCAGAGAAGGCUGAAUCCGAAUCUGAAAGAGGUUGUCAAGAAGGAGAUUAUGAAGCUUCUAGAGGCUGGGAUCAUCUAUCCCAUUUCAGACAGUGCUUGGGCCAAUCCAGUGCAUGUGGUUCCUAAGAAAGGAGGAGUCACAGUGGUGAAGAAUGAGAAGAAUGAGCUGAUUCCUUCAAGGACUGUGACUAGACACAGGAUGUGUAUUAACUAUAGAAAGCUGAAUGCUGCGACAAGGAAAGAUCACUUCCAUUGCCCUUUAUUGAUCAGAUGCUGGAAAGGUUAG